AUGGCGGAGCAUCCGCGUCCCCCCGUGCAGGUGUUCGCCUACGACGACGCCGCCGGGCGCGAGGAGGGGACGGAGCUGGAAGCGCUCCUGGCGUACUUCCCCGCAUCCGCGCCCGAGUCCGCGAAGGUCAGGGCGCUGUCGUUGGCCAGGGGCAUCGUCGGGUUCGUCUCGCAGUUCGACGACGACGGGACGGGGGGCGGACGGCGCGACUCGAACGACGUACGCGAGGACGCGAGGGUGGUGCGGACCAAGCGCGGGCGCCUCGCGUGCCUCCUCGCGGAGGAGGAGGAGGAGACGCGCCCGACCGGGACGACCGCGGGACGAUCGCCAGCGCACGCGUCGCCGCGCCGGCUCUGGCUGUGCGUCUCGGUGGACGAGUCCAUCGCGAGCGUCGCCGCCGUUCGCGACGGCGCCCUCGUCGACCUCCUCCGCAUCCUCCGCGACGACUACGCCAUGCUCCGCGGCGGACACCCACCCCGAGGCCAACCCCGCGAGGGGGGGGCGCCAGACGACGCGAGUGGCGGAUGCGACGAUCGACGGUCGGCGAGACUCCUCGCCGUCCUCGUCGCCGACCUCGGCGCGCGCGUCUCGCCAGCCGCCGCCGGAUGGGAGGGCGCCACCCUCGCACCGGACGCGCGCAUGUGCGGCGACGCCCUCCGCGUACUCCACUCCCCGCUGUCACCCGAGGGUUUAGGUUUGGGGUGCCCGCUGACGCCGACGAGCCGCGAGGCGUUUUUGCUGACGCAGUCGGCGGUGAACGCCGCGCAGCUCUCGCUGGAGGAUUGGGCGGACGUGCAUCGUCGCGACGCUGACGUGGAUGCUGACAUGAAUGCUGACAUGGAUGCCGCUGACGGGCGGGACGAGAACGACGAGUGGGACCUGGUCGCGGACACCGCCGUGUUCCACGAGGGCGGCUUGCUCUGGUCGUCGUCGACGGCGAUCGCGUCGAGAGCCGUGUCCAGGUACGCGGCUCGGUGCCUGGUCCCGUCUGCCGCGUUUCGGGAGGAGGGCGGCGCUGACAUGGAUGCUGACGUGGAUGCUGACGUGGAUGCCGGGGAGAAGGCGGAGAAGGCGUCGGAGAAAGCCGGUCGCGCGAGGGCGCUCGCGGCGGCGGUGCGCGCCGAGGCUGCCGCGGGGGCGGCUUCCCUAAAACGCGGUGAGUCACCGGGUGGUGAGUCACCGCGCGGUGAGGGCGACUUGAUCGGCGGUUCAUCGUUCGACGACGUCCCGAUCGCCGCGUCCGAGUGGUCCGUCGCUCCCGACGGGUUCCUGCGACGGUCCGCCGCCGCGGGAGAGGCGGUCGAGGCGAGCGGACGGGACGUUCCCGCGGCGGCGCACGUCUUACGACUCGGACCCCCAGCCGCUCGUACGUGGGGCGAGUCAGUUCGGGGCAGUCAUGGUGAGUCACCGGGUAUACAGGAGGGCGUAUACCUCCUGUCCCUUCGGGUGGGCGCGUGCACGCUCGCGGUGUCCCUGCGCGUCGCGCGGUGCCCGCCGCUGACGGAUGAGGCGUCGUGGAGAGACCUGCGCGGGUGCGUGCGGAACGCGUCGGCGCCGAGGCUGCGGGAGCUGCACGAUUGCCUCGCGACGCAAACGCACGAUUCGAAAGCCGCCGCCGGGCGCCGCCGCCCGCCCCCCGACCACGCGCCGGGGUACCGAUACCUCUACGUCGACGCCGCCGCGCUCGCGGUGCGCGCGACGCCGCGCGAUGUCCCGGGAGCGACGACGGUUCAUGUCCGGCCGGAUGUCCUCGCGACGGUUCAGUCGGUGCGGCGCGAGAUGGAAGCCCUCGAGUCGGAAUCGACGACGGACGGCGGCGACGCGUCGUCGCCCGCCGACGUCUGUCGAACGCACGAGCUGUGCGUCAGGUCCGGGGCGGACGCGUGGGUGGUGGGUAAACGGGCGACCGCGGGUGCGGGUGGAGGGACUGGAAAGAGAACCAACAGGGACGUGUGGCUGUGGGUGGUGUUGGAUCGAGCCGGGGACACGCUUCUGGACGCAUCCGCGGCGAUUAACGCGUUUUGCGACGAGCACUUUGACGGAAUAUUCUCGUAG